CGCCCUGUCCGGUCCGGUCCGGUCCGGACCUCUCCUCUCCUCUCCUCUCCUCUUCUCUCCUGCCCGCCGCCCACCCACCUGCCGAUGCAACAGCCAAGUGAGUCCCGCGGAGAAAAGGGCUGGGGGAAGGGCAUCGCCGGAUUGCGAGCUAGGUGUCCCACCUGCCCCUCGGAACCGUGUCCAUCAGACGCCUGGCAGUAUCAUCACAGGAAGUGCUAUUUCCUCUCUGAGGAUCAAGGGGAGUGGACGGAGGGACAACAGUCCUGCUCCUCUCAGGGAGCAUCUCUUGCUGUGAUUGAAGAUGAGAGAGAGCUGGCCACUCUAAGAAAACUCAUGUUUAAGAAAGAAUGUUGGAUUGGGCUUCGCAAGAAUGAGCGCUAUUUCUUCUGGGUGAAUGGCACCAAGCUGGACUCGAAAAGGUUCCAAGUGUCAGACCACGCAGACUGUGCCUAUAUCACUCCAUCCACCGUGUCUACAUCAUCCUGUGAGAUGCGCAGGAACUGGAUCUGCAGCUGCCGUCCUUUCCACUCUUCCAAGCCCAUCCUUUAGUGAGAACCUACGCAUCAAACAAAGUCUCCUCCGAACACCCAGUGAUUGUCAAGAGACCAUCUAAGUCAUUUUCUCUUAAAGCUAGUUGUUACUAUUAUUAAUAAUAGUGAUAAUAAUAAUAAUGUCGGUAUUUGUUAAGCGCUUACUA